UCCCAAUGAACUGCAAGACAAGCACAUGUACAACAGUGUGUCUCGCACCGCUAAACAAGUCUCUUGAAUCGCCAUCUUUGGAUCCGGCUUAGAAAGAGCUUAGUUUGAAUUAACUAUUUGUAAACAAAAAACACUGGAAACCGAACGCGGGUGUUCAAAAUGUCAUCCACCCGACAAACUUUUAGUACAAUAAGGAAAACUGAUCCAUUUACAGUAGAAAUACCAAGCCAGAACUAUCGAGCUGGACAACGUAAGUUGCUAAACUACGAUGGACCUGGUUGGUAUAUCCCAUCCGAGCGCCGAUGGGAAUCCUACGACAAGCACAAAGAGUUACCACGACUGACAAGAAGAGAUGCAAUAGAUAUACAGAAAGAAUCGGAGUUUUCGGCGCUAUAUAAAGAUGUUCCCGCAUAUAAGAAGCUUGUCGCUCACAUACCAUCUUAUCCACCGUAUCCCAAAUGGAAUGAGCACAAGAGAAUCACAUCGGACAGCAUUAAAGAUAUUACAUGCAGCGAAAAAUUAAGAUAUCCGAAAUGGGACAACACUGGAUGUUACGGUUACUACCAAGAGAUUUUGGACAGAAUGCGCAAAGGGCAGUGCAGAUUAAAAGCUCGCCCAGGGAUGAUCGGUUACCCAUUUUUCACCCACCAAACUUAUUUCUAAACAAAGAACAGUGCUGUAUCACAAAUGUGUGAGCGAAUCUCUGCAGUAUCCCCUGGCCUUCCUCAAAAGUAAUCUGUUCAAAAAAUGUCAAGCUAUCGCUUCCGCACAUUUGGAACAGGAGAUUCUUUCGGAUGACAUUGCGUUCCAGUCAUGUAAAAUAAUCCAUACGGAUUGAAAUAAAAAGAUUCACUUG